UACAAACCUAGAGGCACAGUCUCGAGAAAUAGAAGACUAGCUAGUGCUGUUAUUUAACACGCUGGUUAAUUGGAUCCCUCCCCAUUCCAAACGGACUAGGAAUGAACGCCAUCCGCCAGGUUCAAGCGCUGAACAAGCGAGAGCUUGAAAAUGUCGUACCUCCAGAAGCUUCAUGGCAUGCCGACUACCGCGACACAGCGUACAUCUACAUUGGGUCCCUCCCUUCCGACCUUAGCGAAGGGGAUAUAUUAACUAUUUUCUCCCAGUAUGGGGAACCGGUUCAUCUUAACUUAGUGCGCGACAAAGAGACGGGCAAGAGCAAAGGGUUCGCUUUUUUGAAGUAUGAGGACCAGCGAAGCACGGAUUUGGCAGUGGAUAACUUGGGCGGGGCGACAAUUUUGGGCAGAAUGAUAAGAGUGGAUCAUGCGAGGUAUAAAAGGAAGGAGGAAGAGGGACUGGAAGAUAAUGUUGCUGCGUUGACCGUUGGUGAAACGGGUGAGAGGUCAAAAGUGAACAGUGAAGAAGCGGCCCAGAAACGAGCUACGAAACAUGGCGAUAGUGAUACUGAUACGGAAGAUCGAAAGAUUCAACAAAGACCUUUAUUGAAGGAGGAGAAGGAGUUACAGAAACUUAUAGAAGAACAUGAUGACGAAGAUCCCAUGAAAGAAUAUCUCAUACAGGAGAAACGGGAGGAGGUAGCUAAGGCUUUGGAGCGUCUAAACAAACGAAAGGAGCGCCGAAGUGAUAACACCGAGAAAGAAGAUAAACAUGGUCAUCGCCACCGUCACCACCGCUAUCAUAAUCGAAGACAUCGAGGCGAUCGAUCAUACUCCCCGGAAAGAGAAAAACAAUUUUCACGGCACGAGCGAUCAAAGUCACCAUCCCAAUUGAGAGAGCGAAGACACCAUCGAGGUAGAAGAGAUCGCGGUUGAGAUGCCGGCUUCUAGAGCUGCAGACGACCUUCUUCUGUGAUAAUAAGUUACGGAAAUACUGUCACUUCGUUACCCGAAAAUGGAGGAAACGGAUAAAUAUCCAAUUUUGGGCCCAAGGGUUACAGCAUUCUCGAUUCAACUCGAAAAGAUGUCCGGUACUGAGAUAUAUUUCCUGCCGGAGCUCGAAGACCGUUUACGAUGCCGCCUCGCCUACAUUUCGUUGGAGCGGUAUAUGCCCGUAUUCAUUUCCGCGAUCCAUGAUGUGGGGAAAUGCGUGUUGUUAUCAUCCAGUUCACCAACAUAUGGUAAAAUUUCACCCGAAUCGUCAUGUGAAACCAAGUGUCCCGUGGAUUCCUCGCGAAAGAUAAAAGAGUUAAAAAAAAGAGGUGUCUUUCUGAAUAGUCUGUUCGGUGCUCCGCCUUUCAACCGCCUCCAAGAUAUCUUUUCCAGCCUUCUCUGACGCAAUAUCGCUUUCCAUCGUGGUCCUGUCCGAUGACGAAUCUUUCCCACCUACCCUCUUUCCCGGCACUUAUCACCAGAAGAGUCGUGUCACUAAUCCAUCCAAUAACCCCUUUCGAUGGUCGUCCGAGCGAGGAGCCCAGGGGAGGGAGGUAUGCAGAACCAAGAGGACCCUCAUCGCCAAUCUCAAAAUGAGCGCUUGCAAAAGAAUAAAUGUCGGAAAAUACCCGAGGGAGCAGAGGGACCUUCCCAAGGAUACCCCAUUUCUGGUUUGCGCCUUCUACGGGAGGCGUGGCGUUGCGAGCAUGCGGGAGGUCAAAAAUGUGCAAGGUAGAUUUAUCUGACGUGAGGGCGAGAAGCGUGUUUGAGGGGGAUAUGGCCAGCGAAAAUAUUUCCGCAUGAUCUACACCUCUCCGGAGCUCAGCCAUCUUUGCGCAAUUUGUUGUAGCAAAUAUUCGAACCAGCGUUCCCUGCAUGUUAAAAUCAAAUUUAGCUGCCCUUGUUCAAAAUCUUUU